AUGUCGCCCUACACGGCGAUAGUUCGCCGAAGCGGGAACCCCUUCGAGUUGGCGCACGUGCUAGUGUCCUGGCUGCUGGGAGCUGGUUACGACGCCUACGUGGCCGUCGGCUGCGCAGUGAGGGACGUCUGCAUGGCCAUACGGUACCGCACCGAGUGCCCCUGUCUGCCAGACGAGAGCCAGGUUGUUGAGGAACCUCCACCGCCUGACGAAGAACCACGUUAUCGCUUAGUGCCACUACCCGACUUCACUUCAAAGUAUUGCAAAGACAUGGAUAGACGAGACGCGGAGAAGAAGCAAGCGGAGAUCGAUAAAGUGGAAAAAGCGCGGCAGGACAGGAUUGCGGAAUUGGAGAAGCCACUCCCAGACAAGAUAGACGGUUGGCGCACGCACGCCUGGGUCUUGGUGCUCCCAGGGUUUAUGGGCGUCGGGGAACCUUUUUUCAUAGAGCCCAGCGAUGGCAACGGGUAUCCAGUGGACGCGAAGCAAUACCAACAUCUGGACUCGGUUUAUAACCAUGAAAAUUAUUACGUGAACGUUCAGUCCUGUGAGAGCGGCCUGGGAUCACUCAACUACGACCUUGGCGAUCUGACCUGCUGGGAGCACCUUCUAGCAGGCGAGCCGUUCCACAGGAGGCAGUUGGUGGGCGUGGAUCAAUCGGCGAAGUCGUCCGCCGUAUUGACGGAGAAACAUCUCGACGCACCCUCUAGCUGGGUGGAGAAACUGGACAUCAGCGCCGACGAGUUCGAGCAGCGCUAUCCUGGAAGUCAUAAAGUGAUUCAUUAUAAGAAGGUGCUAUUGGAGAAAUUCUCACCGUACUCCGAGCGUGAUGGUGUCGUGAAAAGGCUCAAGAUAUUCGAUGACUACGCGUUGAGCGUGCCGCUGUUAACAGGGUGUCCUGUACCACGCGACCACAGCGAAUUGGCAGGAUAUGAAUGGUACAAAAACCGAGUGGACAAGAUGGAAACAAGCCGAAUCGAUCACAGGAAAAGGGAGGUGCGAGAAACAUUUGGCAUUGGCAGAAAGGAUCACCUAUUGAAACACGAGUAUUCGCUCGAUGUGUCUGCAACGUCCUUAGAGGGAGUGCGCACUCUACACUUCAACUACUACCCGCGACUAGAUCAUCUGACAACCAUCGUGUGCUCACCACUCACUUUCGACGAGUACUACACAGACAGGAGCGACAGGCUAGAGUCACGACUGAUACAGUACACGGAAGGGACGAAGGCCGAUCCCAAGCGUAAAAUCAAGGACGUCGUGGAGACAUACGGCCGUGACCCGAGCGUACCCUCAAAAGACGAUGUGUGGAAAAGGAUCUUCCACAUCCAAGACAACUCUAUCGAGCUGCUCUAUCAUUACGACUACAACUUCGUGACCAACGACACGAGGAGUUUCAUCAAACCCAACCUAGCUGAGGCCGGCGGGAAGAUCCUUUUCUUUCCGGACAAGACUUCCGGAUAUAUUGCGGACCCGAGCGCGCGGCAGCCCCGUCCUCUGGCCGUGUACUACGCGCUCUGCGAGAACAUGGACUGGGAGGGCCGCACCAACAAGUGCAUACGGGACCGCGAGGGGGACGUCGGGGAGUACCUCCAGCUGCGCCAUAAGGAGCUGACGGAGCCCCAGCUCUACGUGGCGCUGUUCGACACGGAGCGCAACGAGAAGGCGAAGCGCGGCUGGAAGGAGCAGGAAACGCAAAAGGCGGAGAUAACGGAGCGCGAGAAGGAGGCCGAGAUAGACCCCCUCGCGCCGUACUUGGCGCGAAUGUUCGGCUCGGGCCACGGCUCUGGGUCUCCGCUCACUCUCAAGGAGGCCGCCCUGGUGCGCGACGCGUGCGUCAACGACUUCAAGGCGAGGCAGCUGGCGCGCCAACACCUCAUCCAGGAGAGAUACGAUAAGCUUAACGCUGAGUAUAAAGCUAAGCGCCUGUGGUACUUGGCCAAUCAGUUCAUCCUCACACCGGAGAAGGAAACCGCUUACUUCGCUGCAAGCGCUGACUUGGCCUUCCGCGUCCAUUCCCUGGAGGUCAGACUCACCAGGCACAGGGACCUUUCGGGGCCCAGGUUCAAAGCGGUCGAGGAGUACCUCGACAAACACCCGUUACUGAAAGACUACAAUCGCAUGCGGAAGCAGUACGCGCACAACGAGAAGUAU